UUUUGAGCAGUUGGCAUCACUGGUAAUGAAUAUGGAAUAGAAUGUCACUGUCAAAACUGCGAGUGAAUUGCUAGUUCAAUUCAAUUAAUAAAUUCAAUUAUUUGUAUGUAAAGCAGUAUUUUCAGAACAAUUUUGAAUUAAAUCCGCAACAUAUUAUUUCUAUCAAAUAAUGUCAAUCCUAGCCUACAACGGUGGAGCCAUGGUGGCAAUGAAAGGCGAAAACUGCGUCUCGAUAGCAGCAGAUCGCAGAUUCGGCAUCCAAGCGCAAACAGUGGCAACAAACUUCGAAAAAAUAUUCGAAAUGGGCCCUCACUUGUACGUCGGUCUCCCCGGUCUGGCAACCGAUACUCAAACCGUCAUGGAGAAGCUGCGAUUUAGAAAAAACCUGUACGAACUCAAAGAAAACAGGAUCAUAUCCCCUAAAGUGUGUAGCGCAAUGCUCUCAAACAUGCUGUACGAGAAAAGGUUCGGACCCUUCUUCGUGGAGCCCGUCGUGGCCGGGUUGAUGCCAAAGACGUACGAGCCAUUCAUUUGCAACAUGGAUCUCAUCGGGUGCAUCAACCCUCCUAACGAUUUCGUCGUGGGGGGCACCGCUUCUGCGCAGCUGUAUGGUAUGUGCGAGGCGCUCUGGGAGCCCAAUCUUAGUCCGGAAGACUUGUUUGAGACGACCUCUCAGGCACUGAUCAACGCUUUCGAUAGGGACGCUAUUUCUGGAUGGGGUGCUACAGUGUAUAUAAUAGAGAAAGACAAGGUCACCAUUAAGAAUUUGAAGACUCGUAUGGAUUAAUUAGGGUUUACUUUAUUUUUUAAUAUUUCUUUAAUAAAUUGAUUUGAAAUGUG